AUGAGAGGUGCCAUGCGAGUCUCAGUCAUGUUCCUUCUGCUGACUAUGUCGGACUGUGCCGUGAUCACUGGGGCCUGUGAGAGGGAUGUCCAGUGUGGGGCGGGCUCCUGCUGUGCAAUCAGCCUGUGGCUGCGUGGGCUUCGGAUGUGCACCCCGCUGGGGCGGGAAGGAGAAGAGUGUCACCCCAGCAGCCAUAAGGUCCCCUUCUUCAGGAAACGCCAGCACCACACCUGCCCCUGCCUGCCCAACCUGCUGUGCUCCAGGUGUCGGGACGGCAGGUACCGCUGCUCCAUGGACCUGAAGAACAUCAGCUUCUAGGAGCCCAUCUGUUGUCGGGACACACACGGGGCCUCUGCCUGAGCCCUGCCUGGGCUCGCCUUGGAGGGUGUUUCAUUUCUGCUACGUGGCCCAGCCCAUCACUGCCCCGUCCCCCCUCCCCAGACGGUCCUCCUCGGUCCCU